AUGUCCAGAUCAUACGACAGAGGCAAUCCUGCAGCUCUUACCGUCUUCUCCCCGGAUGGACACCUCUUCCAAGUAGAGUAUGCGCUCGAAGCCGUGCGCCGAGGAACAUGUGCUGUCGGUGUUCGUGGCAAGUCCUGUGUGGUGCUCGGUGUCGAGAAGAAGUCUACUCUCCAACUUCAAGAUCCUCGAACUGUUCGCAAGGUCGCCAUGCUUGACGACCACGUCUGCGUUGCCUUUGCUGGUCUUACGGCGGACGGACGUAUCUUGAUCGACAAGGCUAGAGUGGAGUGUCAAUCUCACCGAUUGACUGUGGAGGACCCCGUCAGUAUCGAAUACAUUACCAAGCAUGUUGCUGGUAUCCAACAACGAUACACUCAAUCAGGUGGUGUCCGUCCAUUCGGUAUCUCUGCCCUCAUUGUCGGCUUUGACCCCAACGAUACUAUCCCCCGCCUCUACUCUACCGAACCCAGUGGUAUCUAUUCUGCUUGGAAAGCCUGCUCCAUCGGCCGAGCAUCCAAGACUGUGAGAGAGUUUUUGGAGAAGAACUAUGAGGAAAACUUGGAAAGGGACGACUCGAUCAAGUUGGCGGUGAAGAGUCUUUUGGAGGUUGUGCAGACGGGAGCCAAGAAUAUUGAGAUUACGGUCAUGGAGUCUUAUGGUGUUGUCAAGAACCUUGAGCAGGAAGACAUUGAAAAGAUCGUUGCCGAGAUUGACGCGGAGAAGGAGGCCGAGGCUGAGCGUAAGCGCCAGCGACUUGCUGCCACACAAGCCGGCCAAGCUUCCAUGGCUAUGGGCUCAUCAGCACCCUCCGGUACUCAAACACCAUCUGGCGCUGCUGGUGGUUCCCAAGAACACCAUUCGGCUCCCGGGGGUGACAGCGGGGUGCAAUAA